AUGGAAAAGGUUUCGCAGCUGGAGAUUGCGUGUUCAGAAAAUGAUGUGAACAUCAAAUUUCUCGAGGAAGAGUUGUCAAAACUCAAAAUUGUUGUGUCUGAGAGAGAUGCCCAAAUUGCAUCUCUAGGUGAACUUCAGGCUUCUGCCAAGCAUGAUGUGCUUCAAUAUCAAACGAUAUCAAAGCGAGGCAUCGCAGACAUGCAGUGGGUUAUUAAAGAUGAUUGUGGCAAUCCGAUUAGGCUACAUCAAUCUUGUGUUGAGAUGACGGAGAAGUAUUCUGAGGCAUUGACUGGAAAAAAGGUUAUUUAUUCCUUUCCUGAAGCCCAACGCCGUAUCCUGGAUCGUUUCUCCGAUAUGGUUGCUUAUAAGUACUUAUUGUUCGAGCUCUUGGAGGGGGAUAAAGUAGACGUCGAUGUGUUGAAAGAGAAAUUUUCAUCUUUGGAUGCCCUUUCCAAGUGCGAUGAUGCAAGUAGUAGUGCUUGA